AUGGCUCAACCAACGAAUACAAACAUACCACAAGAUACAGUAGAGACGGAGAGUACGUUAUUAUUAGCACGUGAAACGAUACCCUAUACUCCAUCGCCACGUCCUAUGAGUGGUAGAUCCCAAUCAACACCAGAUUUAUUCGAUUCACUGAAUUCAAUUGGUCGUAGAGCUAGAAGUAGUACUGUGUCUAGUGUUGUUAGUACAAGUAUCGAGAUAGUGCAAGGACAUUUAGAUAAAAGGAAAUUUAUGUUUUUGUUAGCUAUUAGUUUAUUCAUUUAUUUAGCUUUUCUUGCAGCAUUUGCUCCACGUACAUCAUUGGCAAGAGAUUUUAGGAGAUGGCAUAACUCGAAAUUGACUACAUCUGAGGUCUACCGAAUAUUCUUAGAUACAUUACAGGAGGAUAACUUCAUUCACCACCAUAUGAAGAGUUAUACAGAAAUUGACAAUGGUGCUGAAAGUCUUAAUUAUACUAUGGGAGAAAUGAAAAUUCUUGGCUUUGAACCAAAGAUCGAAACCUAUUAUCCAUGGGUUACUUCACCGGAAGCCACUGAUGUGCAACUAAUAAAAGAUGGAAAAUAUGUAUUUAAUGCAUCAUUGAUAGAGGAUUUCCCGUCUAAGCAAAUUGAAUCAGCCAAAUUUAAGAAGGGAUAUCAUGCUUAUUCACCAAAUGGUGAGGUAAAAAGUUCAUAUAUAUAUUGUAAUUAUGGAACUCUAAACGAUUAUAAGACUCUCCUUGAUCAUAAUAUUCCGAUAGAAGGUAAGAUUCAUAUUUUAAGAGAUGGUCUCAUAUCAACAGGCAUGAAACUUAAAAAUGCAGAAUUAUAUGGAGCAUCAAGUGCAUUAAUAUAUAAUGAUCCAUAUGACGAUGGAUUAGUUACAAAGAAGAAUGGAUUUAAGACAUUUCCCGAGGGGCCUGCGAGAAAUCCGAGCAGUAUUAAGAGAGAUUCAGUUGAGUAUAUGUUUGAUUUCCCCGGUGACCCCACAUCUCCAAACUUCCCUUCUAAAUCUAAAGAUAUAGAAAGACUUUCACCAGCAGGAAAAAUCCCUAGGAUACCUUCUAUACCGAUAUCUGCAAAGGAAAUAAGACCGAUUCUUCUUGAACUUAAUGGAAAGGGUAUUAAAUUGGGAAAUGGUGAUAUUGAAGGGUUUGAUUAUUUUUGUGGUCCAUCUGACGAUAAGGUACAAAUAAAUUUGCUUAACAAGCAGACACAUUUUAUUUCUGAGAUAAAUGACAUCAUUUUGGAAAUACCAGGUAUAUUUUCAAGUGGAGAUAUAAUCAUUGCAAGUCAUAGAGAUUCAUGGGUAUACCCUGGUGGUGCUGCAAAUCCAAGCAGUGGCAGCGCAAUACUUCUAGAAAUUGCGCGGGGGCUAAGUAAGUUGAGAUCCAAGGGUUGGAUACCUCUUCGAACGAUAAAACUUGUAAGCUGGGAUGGUGAAUCUGCGGCAAAGAUAGGAUCCACAGAGUUUAUCGAAGAUUAUGCUUCAGACUUGAAAAAUAAUGCAUUGGCAUAUAUUGACCUUGAUAAUGCUAUUUCUGGGACAGAAUUCCAUUGUGCGGCUAAUAAACUCAUGGAGAACGCAAUUAUCAUAGCUGCUAAGUCAACGAGCUUUAAAGGGAAUGAAGAAUGGACCUUAUAUGAAGAAUGGAAAAAUGAAACAGGUUCGAAGUAUAAACAACUUUGUGAUGAUCCACCGUCAUCCAUUUUUCAAAGUCAUUUAGGAAUUAGUUCAGCGUCUUUCAAGUUUCGGAAUAAUAUGAAAACAGAUGCGAUAAACCAUGCAAAUUCCUUCUUUGAUUCCCACGAAUGGAUGGAACAUUUUGUUGAUCCGGAUUUCAGGUUACAUGGUACGCUUGCUUCCUUUUCAGGAUUAUUGACGCUAAUGUUAGGUGAAAAAGAGUUGCAUUUUUUUAGUAUUCAUCCUUAUAUGAAACAAGUCCACAAAAGAACGGUUGAAUUGAAUAGAUUGAUUAACGAUAUUUUCCCGCAUGAUAAUGAGUUACAUCAUCUAUCACAAACGGUUGAGGCUCGUCUUGGACUACUCGCCUGGCAAGAUAGUGUUAUUUUUGAUAAAAAAGUUGAGAAACUUUAUCAGGAAUCUUUUACAGAUAUGCCAAUUUGGUUUGGAUUUAAAAAACUCAAAUUAUUUAUAUCUUUACAGAGAAUGAAUAAAAAAUUGAGAAGUUUCGAUAAAUUGUUUGUAACCCACCUGGGAUUAGAUGACAGAGAAUGGAUGAAGCAUUCUCUUCUUGCGCCCAAUAAAUAUGAUGGACUUACAGGGGAUAUCCUUCCUGGUGUCCAUGAAGCGUUAGUGGAUAUGGAUCGAUCAAGAGUUUCCAAAGAAUUGAAUAUCCUCCUGGAACAAUUUGAGAACGUAAGAAAACUUCUUGCAUGA